UACAAGUGAAAAAUAUUUAUGUUCGCUCUCUGUUUUACAAACGUUCCACUCCAGUAGAUCCACCAACAUGUAUGUUCAGGUUUACCGAUUGCAUGCUGCAAACGCACGUACAUGUAGUCCAACUGAUAAGGUUAACCUGAUAACAAACAUUAUUCACCUAGAUACCUUUAUACGACAUGUGUUCUCCAAACUGUUUCGCUAGUGAAAAUAAUCUGUCUGGAAAAGAGAAACGAACUGUUAUAAUAUUAUCGAUUAUUUUUGUGGUUGUUUUCAGUGGGUUUGAUGGCAUGCAAAACUUGCAGAGUACCCUUAACAACGAGUCAGGACGAGGAGUGAUUUCUCUUUCGGUUGUUUAUGGAUGUUUUGUGUUAUCCUCAUUUUUUGCCCCGUCAUUCAUCCGGGUUCUGACGGCUAAGGGUUGUUUAAUCAUAUGUUGUGUAUCUCAUGUGGUGUAUGCAGCUAGUAAUCUCUACCCAGUGUUCUGGACGCUAUUAUCAGCCUCUGCUUUUGUUGGAUUAACUUCCGGUGCAUUAUGGACCUCACAAGGGAUGUAUAUAUCUCAGUGUGCAAUAUCAUUCUCUCAAACCAAAAACGUUCCAGUGAAGGAAAUAUUUGGAAAAUUCCAUGGUAUAUUUUACUUCAGUUACGCAUUUCCUAGAAUACUUGGAAACUCUCUUUCUUCUAUUAUUUUGAUGCAAAGCCAUUACAAUGAAACCACUACUAAUUCUUCCGAGACUGGAGAGAUAAUUACGUGUGGAGCGGAUUUAUGUCCAGAAAUGUCAAUGGCACAGGUAUCACUCGAAGAACCAGAUCCAUUGACCGUUAAGAUACUCAUGGCUGCAUUCACAACUUUAAGUAUCAUCGGUCUCUUCCUGUGCAUUUUCUUAUUACCACCACUUCCAAUUACUGUGACGUCAUCACAGAAGAGUGUCUGUAGAAAAAUGCUCUCUUCUUCCUGUUCAUGUCUUCGGUUGAACACAGAUGUAGCGAUGAUCCUUUUUAUCCCAUCUGUUGUGUUGUUCUCAUUUGUGGAGUCCUUCAGUUGGAUUGAUAUCCCCAAGGCCUAUAUCAGCUGCCCCUUUGGUGUAGAGUUUGUCGGAUUUUUCAUGGCCUUGAAUGGAGUUAUGAAUGGGAUUUCGUCCUUCCUUCUUCCAAGACUGGCCAAUCGUAUCGGCAGAAAGUACGUAAUGGCGUCUCUAAUUAUUGGUAUCACCGCUGUGCACGUUGGUUUCUUGGUAUGGACGACUACUGAUGAUGGACUACCACAAAUAAUAGGGAUCAUCGCCGUGCAUGGACUGUUGGAAGGGGGGUUCUGCACACUUCUAGUUGCAUUAUUGUCAUUCAUGUACGCAGAAAAUACGGACGCCUCUUUCGCCAGCUUCACGACAUGGAAAGCAUUAGGCAACACAGUCAACAUUGGUCUUGCCUACUAUUUGUGUGAAAGAUCAAGAUUAUACAUCAUAUUUGCCCUUUGUACACUUUCCAUAAUCUCCUAUGUCGCCCUGGAUAUACAUCUGCAAAAGAAAACAAAAUUGACAGAGGUUGAUUAUGAAGAGGAGAAUGAGACCAUUAAUGUAGAAUUAAGGGGUGCAGAGGAUUCAAGCGACAAAAAGUAGGAGAGCUUUGGUAGAAAUGUCUUUAUUACAGUUUUAUAUCUCGUAGGCACCUAAUCCCACCUCUGGUAUAUCAAGGGGUACGUGUUUGCCCAACUCUCUAUUUUGUAUUGCUUAUAAGAGUUAUGAGAUUGAUCACUGUUCCUUAUCUUGGACCUUUCAUCUGUAACUCACCUUAGGGUAUAUUGGUUGUGGAAACUGGAAAAUUGAAUUAAAUGUUUAUAUCCAAAA